AAAAAUAUCAAUAAACUUUACAUAAUUUAUUUUAGUUUUUGUUCAGAUUAUCAUGGUUUUAAACAGCAUAUUUUUAUGAUGUAUUUUUAAAACUGAAAGUCUGGAGCAAAUGUAAAACAACAAAAUCGAGACAUAAAAGUAUAAAGUAGCUGAAAUAAAGGAAGGCGUAACGGUAACACAUUUCCAGGAAACCUGUUUAUUUAAAGUUAACAGUUAAUCUUUGGGAAAUAAAAGUCCUGAAUGGUAAAGAAACACAAUCAUAGAUAAAAUAUUAUUUAAUCUGUGCAAGCCUAACCUGUUUAACAAUUAACAGCAAGUCUCCACAUGAGUUUUCACUCCUCCUCUCAUCCAGUUAUCAGUUUUCUGUUUGUCAUUCAUGUACAUCAUCUUCAGCCCCCAUGAGGAUCCACGGUCCUAUAAAAGAUCUUCCGCCUGAUACGAGAGACAAAGGCUGCUGUCGUUAUUGCUGAAACUCAGGAUUUUUAAGACUACACAAAAACGAUGAGUGCAUCCAAACUUCAAGAAAGUGGUGAGGUGAGAAUCGGACACUCUCUCAAUACAAAUGAGAAGGAGUUUGUAGUCAGAAGGAGAGAAACUGUUUUUCAAAGCCUGCAGAAACUCAAGAUAUACUGCAGUCAGAAUGAGGUGCCUCACAUUGCAUUAUUGGGUUCUGGAGGAGGACAAAGAGCCAUGGUGGGUUUGCUGGGAUCCCUGGUAGAGCUGGAUAAAGCGGGUCUUCUGGACUGCAUCCUUUAUCUGAGCGGAGUCUCUGGAUCCACCUGGUGCAUGGCCUCCUUAUACCAAGAACCAGACUGGUCCACCAAACUAGAGACCGUGAAAGACAAAAUCAUCAAGAGACUCAGCAGCUCUAAAGUUAGCUGGCGAGACACGUAUGUCAAACUUAUGAAAUAUUACCAGGUGAAAGACUUCUUCAGCUUGACUGAUGUCUGGGCAGCGUUAGUCAUCACGACAUUUGUGAAAGAGAUUGAUGAACUCACACUCACAGAUCAUUGGGACCAUCUCAGUAAAGACCCGUUUCCCAUCUACACAGCGAUCGACAAGCAGUGUAAAAAGGAGGAAGAGAAAGGAGGAGACACAGCAGACCCCUGGUUUGAGAUCAGUCCAUAUGAAGCGGGUUAUUCGCUCACUGGAGCAUUUGUAGGAACAUCCAGCUUCGGCAGCCAGUUUGACAAAGGCUCAAAGAAAAAACCUCAGCCUGAAAUGGACAUGCUGUACCUGCAAGCUCUGUGUGGCAGUGCUUUAGCUGAUGGAGAGGAGAAUAAAAAAUUCCUCUGGGAAUACAUAAAAGAUUUCUUUCAUUAUUUAACACCUAUAAUAGAACUGGAGAUGUUUGAUGAAAUCAGAAAAGAUCCAAAUGACCCAUCCGUACACAAGUGUUUCCGGGUGCUCAUGGAUCUUGUGGACAUGAAUCUCUCUGUUUUAAAUGGGAUUGAUUCUUCUGAUCUCGUUCAAUCAAUCCAAAAAACACUGAAAGAGCUCAGUGGAGGAAAAUGUCACCUGAUUUUUCCAGAGGAAAAAAGUGAUCUUGCUGUAAAACAAGCUGCAAAAUACACUGAGGAUGUAUGCACUCAUUUGAGUAAUUUGUUCCAUUAUGAGCGUUUUGUUUUUCAGAUGUGGACAUGCAUUUGUAAAUGCAUGGCUAAGUGGAUCUGGGGAAGGAAUUAUAACUUCCUCAACAAAAUGACAGAUAAAACGGUGCCUCCUACUCUUCUGCAAAGUGAGAUGAGAGACUAUGAAGAUGCUGGACUAUUGCUGAACUCACCCUACUUUUCAGUGCUGAGACAAGAAAGAAACAUUGAUCUCAUAAUUUCCCUGGAUUUCAGUGAUGACGAUCCUUUCACGACAGUGACCGAAACCUACAAGCUGUGUGAGGAACUAAACAUCCCUUUCCCUGAAGUCAACAUUCCCAGUGAAGACCUGAAAAAACCAAAGGACUUCUAUGUGUUCAAAGGCCAAAACGCUCCAACCGUGAUUCACAUCCCUCUGUUUAAUGUGGUCAACUGUGGAGAUCAACUUGAAACCUACAGGCACAAAUAUGGGACUUUUCAAUUUCCUUACUGCCAUAAGAAGAUCACUAAACUUAUGGAGGUUGCUGGAAAUAACAUCUCAAACAACAGGGAGAAACUGCUGGAGGAGAUUCGUGCGGCCAUUAGGCAGAAAAGUUGCGACUGAUGACGAUCUGAAUAUCAUAUUAAAUCUAAUGAUUUAAUGUUUUCUUUUGAAUGUAAUUUUUUUGUUACACUGAAAUAUGUUUCUGCACGUUUCAGUCUGUUCCUUCAUGCUUGACUUUCAAGCAAUAAACAGAUCAUCAUUAAUAAUCAAAUCAACUGUAACAGAUGUGAUUACAA